GCUGAACAUACAACAACUGCUAACUUUAGCAAAGUUCAGAAAAUUUGAGCCAUUUGUUAUUAUUGUUCGAUUGAAAAAUGUAGAAGAACUUAAUGUUAUCGGAAAAUUUCAUUUGAUUGAUAAUGUGUUUGUUUUAUAAAUAAAUUAGUGAACUGACGUUUUUAAUCCAUCGUAAGAACUAUAAAACAAAAAAUUCAGUGGAAUCCAAAUACAGAUAAAAAAGGAAAAAAAAAAUAAAAAUAAAUUGGAAGAACAAACGGAUAAGAGAAGAAAAAUGAUGAAUUAUAAUACAAAUAUACAGCAACAACAGAUUGGAAGAAGUAGCAAAUAUGAGAAUUUUCCCCAAUCUCAUCAGCUGAUAACAACAUUGAAUGGCUCCGUGCCAACUGCUGCAUUGACCACAACAGUAGCUUUCAACAACACUAACUCAUCUGCUAGCAGUAGCAACUUUACCGGAUCCGAGGAUGAGAUAUCGAAGAAAUUGCCAAAAGAAAUUUUACUACGCAUUUUAUCAUAUUUGGAUGUUGUUUCAUUGUGCCGAUGUGCCCAAGUAUCGAAAUAUUGGAACAUUCUUGCUCUCGAUGGUUCAAAUUGGCAGAAAAUUGAUUUAUUCUACUUUCAAAUGGACAUUGAAGGUCCCGUAAUAGAAAACAUUUCACAACGCUGUGGUGGCUUUUUGAAAUAUUUGUCUUUGAAAGGAUGCCAGAGUGUUGGCGAUCAAUCAAUUCGUACACUUGCUCAACACUGUCGUAACAUUGAACACUUAGACUUAACUGAAUGUAAAAAGAUUAGCGAUGCUGCAACUGAACCUCUCAGUAAACACUGCAACAAAUUGUCAAGUGUUUCGCUUGAAUCAUGUUCACAAAUAUCUGAUUUAUCAUUAAAAUCAUUGUCUGAUGGAUGUCCAAAUUUGUUGGAAAUCAAUGUUUCAUGGUGUCAUCUGAUUACGGAAAAUGGCAUUGAAGCGCUGGCCCGUGGAUGCAAUAAAAUUAAGAAAUUUAGCAGUAAAGGAUGUAAAAAAGUUAAUGACGCCGCUUUAAAUGCUUUGGCAAACUUCUGUCCAGGGAUUGAAGUUUUAAAUUUACAUAGUUGUGAUACAAUUACCGACACUUCGAUUCGAAAUGUUGCUAUGAGAUGCCCGAAUCUUCGUCAAAUUUGUGUUAGCAAAUGUAGUGAACUGAGUGAUGCAUCUCUGAUUGCUUUAGCAAACAACAAUCCUCACAUAAGUACAUUGGAAGUUGCUGGUUGUCAUCAGUUCACUGACAUUGGCUUUCAACAACUGGGAAAGAAUUGCAAAUACUUGGAACGAAUGGAUUUGGAAGAAUGCAGUCAAAUUACAGAUUUGACUUUAGCUCAUCUAGCAACCGGAUGUCCGAGCUUAGAAAAACUAACACUCUCACAUUGCGAACUGAUAACUGACGAUGGAAUCCGACAAUUGGCUGCCGGAAGUUGUGCAGCUGAAAGUCUUUCAGUUCUCGAACUUGACAAUUGUCCUUUAAUCACUGAUGCUACUUUAGAACAUUUGACUUCAUGCCACAAUUUGCAAAGAAUUGAGUUGUAUGAUUGCCAAUUGAUUUCGAGAAAUGCCAUAAGAAAACUUAGAGUGAGUAAGAAAUUGUCUAAAGUCGGAAUUGUUGGCAAUGUUUCGAAUCUUUCUUUAAGGCUGUUUUACCCAACAUCAAAGUCCACGCAUAUUUUGCACCUGUUACACCUCCUGCUGGAGCAAUCGCUGGUCCAGGACGACCGAGAUACUGUCGAUGUUGUGAAAUUCUCUGAGAUCAGGCUGUAGGCUUUGCGCGACGAAUUCUACUAUGUAAGCAGAGUAGAGAUGACUGAUAUUUUAAUUUAUAGUUUCAACUGUUAUGCUAUCAACUCCAUCGACAUCCAAAAAUCGUUUGAUUUCUUUAACUUUUCGUUUCCAUUUCCUUUUAUCAUCUUUGAUUUUCCAAUUAAUUUUCUCUAGUUUUCUUUCCUAAAACAUUCUGUUUUGAGUUUCUUAAUAUGUUUUUGAACCAGCCUAAGCGUACAUGAAACAGUUAUGAAGAAAAAAAGCAAAGGAAAAUUUUAUAUCAGGAAAUAAAUUCAGAAAAAUUAUGAAAAAUUUUCACUGUUAAGAUUUGACAGCGUUUGGAAAGAUUUUCUUAGAUAAAACAUAAAAUUGAACAAGAGAAUUUGAUUUUUUAAAUAUAACAUUAGAUAUUUUUAAACAUUUAACAGAAUGGUACAAUCGAUUGAUAAUCAACGUCGUCAUAUUAAAAACGGAUUUUCUGCACUUGCUAAAUAAACGAAUAAUCGAGAAUUGACACGCAACGUUGUCGACACGACACUCAUUCGAAUUUCCUAACAUCAUCAUCAUCAUCAGCCAGGAGAAACUCAGAAGAAAAUACAUAAAUAAUAUCUAUCUUAUUCAAUUUUUUAAACUUUUUACACAAGCAAACACAUUGUGAACACAUAUGGAAGAAUUUCUAAAACCAUUUGUGAAACAAAACCCGACAAUUACAUGAAAAUUCGAUCAAGUGUCGCGUCGAAAUUUAUCUUAACGAUCGUACAUUAAUUUAAUACGAUUAUUUAUUUGUCAUAUGAUUAAAGCAUUUUCUUUAUUUCACUCAUCUUUGUCAGAUCAAAUUUCAUCUACUUACGUAUGAACAUUAAACAAUUUUUUCUUUUUUUUCUCUCUCUUUUCUUUUGUCUUUUCAAAUUUGCGAAAGAUAAAGAAGAAAAUGUUUGUAAUUUCUUCUAAAUUAUUUUAUGAAAUAUGAUAAAUCAAAACAAAACAAAAAGUUGCUGUUGUUUCGAUUAAAUUUGUAACAAUUUCUCUCACCUUUUUCUGGAGAUGUUUGAAUGCAACAUCAGGGAAAUUGCGACGAUUUAAAUUAAAAAUAUUUUUAUUGUUUUCAACGACUUCUCUUUGCGAUCUAGAAUGAGUUACUGAAAUCAUUUCAAUCCCUUUUACUUUUCAUUUACAAUCCUAUGAAACAAAGUUUGUCAUUGAAGUAGAUUAUAAAUCGAAAUUAAACUGAACUUGUCUUUUGUAGAUUUGUUAUUAACGAAUUAUAAUAAAAGGAAAAAAGUUAAAAUUAUUAGAUAGCA